AUGUUUUCGAGCGCAUGGCUUAUUACGAAAAAUACAAUGGAGGUUUUAGCGGAAAUUCAAGCUUCAUUUUAUAUUACGCUGCAGCAACUGCUCAAAGAUGUUUUUAAAUAUCACGAAGAUUUGGUGCGUUCAAGGAAGCGAAUGAAGGAACAGGAUGUUGUAGAUGCAGUAAAUUUAAUGCAGACCACAACGACGUGCCUACAAAAGUCAAAAGAAACUUAUGCACAACGGGUGAACGAGUUGGAACGUUUGAAAAAAGAAAAUGCAACUGCAAAAGAUGUUGCUAAGGCUGAAAACAAGCUAGCUAAAUCACGUGAUGAAUACAGAAGUUACGUGGAGAAAUACGGGCGAGUGCGAGAUAAUUUCGAGGAGAAAAUGAUCAAAGCAACCCAGCUAUUCCAAGCACACGAUCAGGCCUAUUUGCAACAGAUGAAAGCGUUCCUGGCGCUGUUUGCGCAUGCUGUUCACGAUUCUGCAAGCACUGCAUCACAGGUAUGCGCUCAGUACCGGGGCUCUGUCGAUCGGUUAGAUGUUGAAGCGAUAUUAACGCAUUUUGUUGAAACAAAAGGAACAGGCAGAGAUCGGCCAGGUGCCUAUUUUUCCUCUUUUUUGGGGAGGGAGCGGAGGGAAAAGGAUGCGAAGUAUCAUUGA